GGCCCCACUCGAAGGCGAAGGCCGCGAAGCGGUUGCGAAGCGCAGGAACCGAAGCGUACUCCAUCGAGAGAAAUCCGGCAGCAUCGCCGCCGUCAUCUGGUAGAAAAGCAGAAUCCAUCGCCGCCCGCCCCCUUCGCUUUCCCUCCCCAGUCAACAAUCCUAGCACUCGAGCACGCCUUCCAUCCGCGCCGCCCGCCGCCAGCAGAAUCCAUCUGCACCGGAGCGCGCCGGUCGCUUUCGCUCGCCACCAACCGCGCCCACCUCGACGGCGCCCGUCAUUGGCGAGGAGGAGGAAACCCCAGCACGGCCGCUCCCCUCCGGGUUCUUCGGCACCUCCGGGUUCACGCGCGAUCCAUCUCAAGUGCGAACCCUUCCCUCCCUCCCUCCCUCCCUCCCUCCGUCUACUUGCGCUAGCUCCUCGUUUUCCUUCGGUUAGAGUUAGAGGCACCGGCUCGAUGCCGUUUCUCUUUCUCGCCGUUUGUUUUCUUGAAGUGCCAUUUUUUAGGGUUUAUGAUUGUUAGUUACUGCUUCUUUUUGGUGUAGUUUGUGGCGUUUCCCUUUCUCCCCGUUUGUUUCAUGUCGUGCAGGCGGUGUGGUCCUGACCACAACCCGGUUCGCUGAUUGCAGAUUUAAUUCUGGGUGCUCGGGCAUUGCAAGAAUUUUUUUUAGUAUUAGUUUAGUCGGACCAACUUCCCCGAUUCCUUCCAGCUCGUAUCUUGGUGUGCUCCUUUUUGACUGUGGGCUGAACUCAACUGAACAGCGCCGUGCUGCAUGCCGCAUCACUUUCGUUCUUUCUGUACUUCCUGUGGUCCACUUGGAUAGUUAAUCCCCCCCCCCCCCCUCUUUUAUUCACCUUUCUUCAUUAUUUACCUUUCUUCAUAAAGCGAUAUUCUUCCUUUCUUCUUUAAUUUUAAACACCAGGCUUAUUCUGAUUCGUUCCUUUUUUUUAUUGCGUUCUAUAUAUAUAGUACAUACGAGUCUCUAACCUGUAUAAAGUAAUUAAUUGACAUAAAGCUUAAUUGCUGCCCAUCUUUGUCAUGUGCGGUUGAUUGCGUUCUAUAUAUACAUACGAGUCUAGCCUGUAUAACAACCAAUUCAUGUGCCGAUUGCAGCCAUGUCUCACUCAUUUCACUUGUGUGCGUGUGCAAGGUCCGCCGGAAUGAAGCGUGAAGGGCCUGCUCUGUCUUUUAGGCAGGAUGCAGUUGGGGACAUGGCAGGAGCAAUCUUCAUGUCCAACACCCUCACGAGGGAGCAAUGCUUCCAAGCGAGCAUUUUCGGCCUGCCGAUGGAGUAUGAACCCUUUGUCCGAAAUGUCAGAAAAGGGAUGCCUUUGUUUCUCUUUGACCAUACUUUGCGCAAGCUUUAUGGAGUCUUUGAGGCUGCCUCCGACGGAGGGCUCAAUAUUAACAAUGCCGCAUUUCGGUCAACACAACGCUCGUAUCCGGCGCAGGUUCGCAUCAAUAUUAUCUGGAAGUGCAGGCCACUAAGUGAAGAUGAGUUUUCCCCUGCCAUAGAGGACAACUACUAUCUGCCAACGAAGUUCUACUUUGACCUUUCCUACAAUCAGGUUGUUCGGCUAUAUGAGUUGUUUGACAACAGGAGGGUACAGCUCCCUAUUCAUGAAUAUUCAAAAAAUGAGAGUUUGGAAACAAACUGCUCUAGCAAAAGGGGGCAGGACAAAGAAAGCAUGACUCCAGAUGUUCCUCAUUCUGUUGAUCAUUCAUGCCUUUUGGUUCCCAACAUUUCAGAAGUUGUAAGAAGAUAUUCUACUGCUACAAGCAUGCACACAGAUUUACCACUUAGUGUUGAGACACACCCAAACAUGUCCAAGCCCCUGGGAACAGAAAUUGGAGCCCAAAUUGCUUCCGCCCGCAGACACCAUGACCAGAUUGAAUUCCAAUCUCAGAGUGAGCUUUUCCCAGCUGCUGUUAUGACCGAUGCUGUUUCAACUCAAGUAUCUGCACCUUGCUCUCAAACUUCUAGGCACUACCAGUUGGUUGCGAAGCAGCCAUAUCCAUUACCACAAGACUAUCCACAAAAUAUCUUACGUUCUGGAUGUACAACUCAGGACCCAACUGAAGCAGCUAAAUUUAUUGCAAAUCAGCCAUACCCAUUAUCUAGUGGUUAUUUGCACAGUGGCUCGUUAACUUCUGGAUAUGCAACUCCAAAUUCAACUUACAAUGGAAGGUGUCAUUUGAAUCCAUCUUUUGCUCCACAUGACCAUUUAUAUCCUGGUUUGUCUCUGUCAAAUCUGCAAAGUAACCCUGACCAUCAAGUUCAUUGUGACAUUUGCCUUAACCAAGGACGCUCCAGGGCACAUAAUAGCGGCACAUAUGAAUGUGAGCGGCAGCGUUUCAGUGAAGGAGAAGCUCCAACACCGGCAAAACUGAGCCUACAAUGUAUUCCAACCUACACUGAAGUUCUCGAACGUGAUGGAAAAACAGUACCAGCCAUUGAUCAGAAAAGGAAUUAUGCUGAUUACAUUCAGAUCCCUUAUUGUGAUGUAGACUUUGCAAAUGAUCAGAUGAGAUAUGGUGGCCCCCGUAGUAAUGCUUCGGAUUCAUCCGAUAUUGAAAAUUUUAUUGUUGAUCCAUGGUCUACACAGCAUAAUAUAAGAGCUGAAAACAACACAAAGAAUCGGUGUAGCGCUCCGCAAAGAAGUGUUUUUUCUCGCUUAACACUGAACAAGCAACUGUCUUGCCAAGAGUACACAGGUCCUUCGCUGAACCAAUUGGUUUCUUCUCUUUCUCAGAAAACAGAACAGUGGAGCCACAAGAAUAAACCAAUUGCAGAUGGUCUUGUCAUACCGUUGAUCGGGGAGGAGGCUAUGGACUGUUCUCAUAAAGAGCUGAACCUGCCAAGUCAACUAGAGCUGGGAGAAGAAAGCAUGGGACCACAAGUUCCUUUCUACAACUUCAAGAGGCGAAGUGAAGCGGGGAAGGUGGAUGCAAAAUUGGGGAAGGAAAUCAGUGGGAAAGUAAAGAGAAGAAAGCUUGUGCGCCCUUCCUUUGAAGAAAACAAUGCUUCUACAAAUGUUGGAGAAGAGCUUAAAGGAAACUGUAUAAAAGACAGGAAAGAAAACCAUCUGGGCGUUAGUGAAAACCAUUUUGGCAUUGACCUAAACAUACCGACUCCUUCAGUAGAUAGUUAUCCUGUGCAGGAUAACAGAAUGGCAGUGUGUCCUAGUGUUAUCAAGGUACUGCAUGGAAUAGAAGCAAACAAGCUAAACUCAGAUGUGAUGGAGACAACAAAAGAACAAGAUCCAUCCAGUGCAUCCACACAAAAGAUUUCAAUCGAUCUUAAUGUCUCUGAGUUGAAUUCAAUGGAUGAAUCGAAACUGCAGACAGUUCUUGAUCAGGCUUCCUUGUUGCUGCAAACACUUGGUAAACUCAAAAAUGGGAAGCCUAACAACCCGGAAAGGGCUAGGUCAAGCGUUUCCAGCGAAGACGCUAAAGUAAAUAUGGCGUGAACUGUGAUGGGGGACACCAAAUCUGAGUACAAUUUACGGUGACAACAAAAAAGGGAGGAUCCAUCUUGAUUAGAAUAUCUAUGCUAGCACAAGUUUAAGUUUGUACGGGCAAUUAGUGCCAGUUAUAUGUAGGGGUGGUUUAUCUUCCCCAUGUUAACAUUUUGUAAUUUUGGGGGAAAUGACAUUUCUGGAAGGGUGACUUAUCAUAGAAAUUUAGAACUUUGGCCGAAGAUGAUGACAUCUAUGUUAACCAUGGAAUCUAGUUAAUGUUUCCUUCAUAAAAAAUCCAGUUAAUGUGCAA